CAGCGACAUCUCGGUGGGACCUGUGCACCACAGAGGAAUUGCAUAGAAACUUUGCUGUUGUUGGAGCGGGACGCUUCCCCCUCCCCAAACUGCUCCGGACAGCGCACUUUGGGGACGCUUCUUGGCUCAUCCCGGACUCGCAUCUUUCUUCCCCCCACCCGGCCAUAGCCUUGGCUUCCCGGCGACCUCAGCGUGGUCACAGGGGCCCCCCUGUGCCCAGGGAAAUGUUUCAGGCUUUUCCCGGAGACUACGACUCCGGCUCCCGGUGCAGCUCUUCACCUUCUGCCGAGUCUCAGUAUCUGUCCUCGGUGGACUCCUUCGGCAGUCCACCCACCGCCGCCUCCUCCCAGGAGUGCGCCGGCCUCGGGGAAAUGCCCGGUUCCUUCGUGCCCACCGUCACUGCCAUCACAACCAGCCAGGACCUCCAGUGGCUCGUGCAACCCACCCUCAUCUCUUCCAUGGCCCAGUCCCAGGGGCAGCCACUGAGCUCCCAGCCCCCAGCUGUGGACCCCUACGACAUGCCAGGCACCAGUUACUCCACUCCAGGCAUGAGUGGCUACAGCAGUGGUGGAGCCAGUGGCAGCGGUGGGCCUUCCACUAGUGGGACCACCAGUGGGCCUGGGCCCAUCCGCCCCACCCGAGCCCGGCCUCGAAGACCCCGAGAGGAGACGCUGACUCCAGAGGAAGAGGAGAAGAGACGGGUUCGGAGAGAACGAAACAAACUGGCAGCAGCUAAGUGCCGGAACCGUCGGAGGGAGCUGACAGACCGACUCCAGGCGGAGACAGAUCAGCUGGAGGAAGAAAAGGCUGAACUGGAGUCGGAGAUUGCCGAGCUCCAAAAGGAGAAGGAGCGCCUGGAGUUUGUGCUGGUGGCCCACAAACCGGGCUGCAAGAUCCCAUACGAAGAGGGGCCCCCGGGGCCGGGCCCUCUGGCGGAGGUGAGAGAUUUGCCGGGGUCAGCAUCCGCUAAGGAAGAUGGUUUCAGCUGGCUGCUGCCGCCCCCACCACCACCGCCCCUGCCCUUCCAGACCAGCCAAGACGCACCCCCCAACCUGACAGCUUCUCUCUUUACACACAGUGAAGUUCAAGUCCUCGGCGACCCCUUCCCCGUUGUUAACCCUUCGUACACUUCCUCGUUUGUCCUCACCUGCCCGGAGGUCUCCGUGUUCACCGGCGCCCAGCGCUCCAGCGGCAGUGACCAGCCUUCCGACCCCCUGAACUCGCCCUCCCUCCUUGCUCUGUGAACUCUUUUGACACAUACUAACCAAACAAACCCCAAAAGGGAGAGCAUUUUGGAAGAGGAGGAGGAAGAGGAGGAGGAAGAGGAGAGAGGGGAACGAGACAGCAGGCCUGGGGCCUCCCCGGCCCUCCUUCCUUCCGACCCUCUGUCACCACUGCCAUUCCACGGAGAGACCGACCUCCUUGGGAGGGUUUGCACCACCCCCCUUGUUUGCCCAUCGCGGCCAGAGAACUGGUGACUUUUGGGACAGGGGGUGGGGAGGGGACGGGCACCCCGGUGGCCUCUAUCCAGCCUCUGGGGAUGGGUGGGCAUGUGGGAGGCUGGAGGGAAAGAAAGGGGUGUUGGCGGUGGGUUGUGGGGGUGGACCAGACUCCUCUUUAGAGAGGCCCAACAAGGAAAUGCCACAGCACCCCUUCCCCCGUGCCCCCCCAAAAAGUCUCCCAUGCCCAUCCAUGGGGAUGCUGGUUCUCCUGGCUCCCUGCCCCAACCUUAGCCGAUUUCUCCCACAUUUAUUCUGUGGGGUUAAAGCCUCUUCUGAAUUGAGCCCCCCAUCCCACCUCAGAGGCAACUUGUUCCCCUCUGAUAACCUCCCCUCUCUUCCCCUGCCCCAAUCCCCCCAGAUUUAAUCUGAAAUGUGAACCUCCCUGACUCUUCAGCCACUCCCUCCCAGCAAAACCUGCUCUGAUUUCAGUUUCUGACUCCUAAAUGCCCCCUCCCCCAGCCCCAAGUUCUGCUCCCCAGCUCUCCUGUCUGAAUUCAGUAUUAUUCCUCUCCCCACCCCUCCUGGCCUUCCUUGUUGGGCAGCUCUGAUCGAGGCAGCAGGGGGUGCUGGGAUGCUUGUCCUGCUGGAGUGCUUUAUAUACUGUGAAAUUGUGAGUUGGCCUGAUUGUGGGGUAGAGCCGGGUGGGAGCCCCCCUCCCGCCUUCCCGCCUUCCCAAAAGGAUCUCUCUCCCUCCACUCCCCAAAGCCUUUUUACCAGAGCACUGCUCAGCUCUGGCUUAUGGUGGUGCAGGGGAUUGAACCUGGGACUUUGGAGCCUCAGGCAUGAGAGUCUCUUUGCAUAACCAUUAUGCUAUCUACCCCUGCCCACUUUUUUUGGCCUCCCUCUCCUCACCCCCAAAGAGGUCCCCCCUUCUCCCCGUAACAGUGAGUCAAGACUCCAGGGGAUGACAGAAUGAAGAGGGGGUAACUCCUCAUGCAAACUGCCUGGCCUCGCUCCUCAGCACCCCUAUGCCCAGGGCCUUUUGUUUUCAAGGCCUGUCACCCUACCCACCCACCCCCAGCCUAGGACGCCGACUUCUCCCCCCCCCCCCCAUACCCUCUGCAUCCUUUUUAGAAAAGGAGCCAGGGCAGGAUGCCAACACCCUCACCAUGUCCCUGGAGAAGAUGUAAAGGCUGAGGCUUUGGCCCCCCUUUUUUUGUUUGUUUGUUUGUUUGUUUGUUUGUUUGUUUUAACUGGCAAACUCAAAGGGGCUGGGCUUCUCCCACCCCCAUGUCCCAGACCCCCAAAAUCUUGGUUUUGGCUCCUCUCCCAUCAUCUCCUUUUCCUUGUGCUUCAUUCACCUCAUGAGAAUUUUAUCCUGAAGCAAAUUGAUAUAUAUAUAUAGUUUUGGUUUUUUUUCACAUAGGGUGGAACUCCACCUCUCCACCCCUGUCUCCCCUUCUGCAUGGAUGACAUUCCAAAGUGCCCCAUCCUGAAACUCAGACCCUUUCGUAUAGCUAUUUAUCCCUUUCCUGGUUUUCCGAAAGGCACUUAUAUCUAUUAUGUAUAGAUAAAUAUAUUAUAUAUGGGUGUGUGUAUGUGUGUGUGUGUUGAAUGUGUGAAUGCUUCUGCAACCUCGGCCUCAGACACGCAGGCCCUUCAAAAAAAUACAACAAAAACAAACAAAAAAUGAGCCAGUGCAUUGGAAACUCUGAGUUGGCCUGUCUUGGGCUGUCUUCUUUCCCCGACUCCAUUUUUCUUAUGGUCUCAGCCCUUCCAGUUGUCCCUUUCCCCACAGUUUAUUCCUCUCUCUCUCUCUCUGUCUUGCCCAUGGCCUGUCUUCUUGGACCUUUUUCCUCUGUCUCCUGAUCCCCUCCUAUCCUUCUCGUUGUCUUCUGACUCUGGGUAUGCCUGGGACAUGAAGUUUUAUGUUUGUGUGGAAGCCUAAUGGAUCAUAGCCUUGCACAAUCUGUAUUUUUUGAGACUUAUGGGUGCGAGUGUGAGACUGUAAGCAGGGCCUGCCCCACUCCACCCCUGAUGAUCAUACUUUAUGGGGCCCCCUUCCUACCCCCAGCCUCCGCCCCCUUAUCUCAUGCUGUAUUUGUGAUUUUCUUUUUUUUUCUGUAUUUUGCACCUAACCCUGGGGGGAGGGAGGCUGGGGCUGACUGGCACUGGGCCCACUAACCCCCACCCCCCAAUGGUUCUGCACUGUCGCCAAUAAAAAGCUCUUUAAAAAGCA